AUGAAGGACACCAGAAGGUUGACUGUGUGGAACUCAGUCUCAGAAAAAGAUUUAUCAAGGCAUGGAAGAGGAGUCAAUGCUUCCCUGAACCAUCUCAUCUCGGAAAAGUCUCCCUUUGAUGAAGCUUGGUUCGUGCCAGUUGAUUGGUGGAGUUAUAUUUCUCUGGGGAUGGUUACAACACGCCGUUGUCACGCUAUUCUCAUCCUGAGGAGAUACAAAAUUUGUUUAAUUCUGGGAUCGCUACGGAAAGGUCUGAGCCAAGUGAAUGAGUACAUUAUACCGCAUGGAGAUUGGUUUGAGAUCGUCUCUAGUCCACAUUACUUGGCAGAAAUCGUUGGGAAUCUGACAUUGGCGGCUGGAGAAACUCACCGUAUCUCCGGAAGUUUGAGAAUUAUCCGGCCAACCGGCCUGAUCGAGUCAUACACCAUAGUUGCUAAUUAA